CCCGCGUGAAAUGUGGACCACCGGCCUUUUCCAGGAAGGUACUUUCUCACCAGCUCCUUCAACAAUCCCGUCUCCUGUGACCAGUGUGAAUCAUGGCAGCUACGGUCUUAGGCAAGCGCGCACGCAGUGCAGCAGAGCCCGAAGCACUGCCAGUACGCACGGCAAGCAAGCGCCGAACCGUGGCACCUCGUGCCCGACGUGAAGAUGCUGCCGUUCCCAAGUCAAUUCCCCGAACCCGGUCGCGUGCAAAGCUCGCAGAGCCUUUGGCUGACCAGGAAAAUGGCGAUAUCACCAAGACCGCGGACAAGGCGCUUUCCAAGCACACAAUUCAUGAGGAGCAGGGUGGGUCACUAUCCAAGAUCAACUCGCAUUUUCGCACCUCGAAGCUUGUGGAGGAGGAAACACCUACCCCGGUUGAAUUUAAGACUCCGCAGAAAGCGCGCUUCCGAGAUGCAUUGCAACAAUCUCCAUCUACACCCCGGCAUCGUGUUCAAGUCGGCGCGAAGGCUGUCACUCCGAGAACUCCUCGACAUGCUAAUCUCCCACCUACUCCUCGUCAAAGCGCCACUCCGACCGCCGCACAGUCUGUGUACUCGCAAGCGCGGCAGCUCUUUGCUCGUGGAGCCAACUCUGGACGACUCGUUGGUCGAGAUUCGGAACGGGAGAAAGUGGCCACAUUUAUUGAAGAUUGUGUGAAGUCCCAAAAAGGUGGCUGUCUCUACAUCAGUGGACCACCCGGGACGGGCAAGAGUGCGAUGGUCAAUGAAGUGUGCCAAGAUAUGGACCUGUCGGAUGUCAAGGUCUCUCAUGUCAACUGUGUGAGCAUGCGGAAUGCUCGUGAUGUCUAUAGCAAGCUCAUCCAAGAUUUCGACGAGGAUUCGGACGUCUUCAAGAAGAGCGAAGGAGACCGACUCAAGGACAUGUUCGUCCCAUCCAAACCCAAUGGCCUAUUCCUAGUUUCGCUGGACGAAAUGGAUCACUUGCUUAUGGGCGAUUCGGGUGUGCUCCAAUCACUGUUCGAGUGGUCGCUAUCUAACAAGUCAACCCUGAUUUUGAUCGGCAUUGCCAAUGCUCUGGAUUUGACCGACCGCUCUUUGCCACAGUUAAAGGCGAAGAACUUGAGGCCGAUUCUAUUGCCAUUCUUGCCGUACAACGCAGCUUCAAUUGCGAACGUUAUCACCAAACGUCUUCGAUCCUUGAUUCCCGUUGGCAUGGACAAUGACCCGAAGUUUGUUCCUUUCUUGCAGCCUGCCGCCAUCCAGCUUUGUGCCAAGAAGGUCGCAUCGCAGACGGGCGAUCUUCGAAAAGCUUUUGAGCUCAUCAAGCGUGCGGUUGAUACCAUUGAGCAAGAAACCCAACAGAAACUUGAGAAACAGGCAGCCGAGGCGGAGAGCAUUCCGAUACUCGCCGAGAAUGCGAAUCUCUCCUUGUCAGUGAAGGCCGCUCCCGCUCCUCGGCCCACCACCAUGUCGAGCUAUACGGUCCUGACAGCGCCUCGUGCCAGCAUCGCACACAUUGCUCGGAUCACAACUUCUGCCUUUGGACAAGGUACUGUCCAAAGAUUGAAGGGUUUGAAUCUGCAGCAGAAAGCUGCCAUCUGCGCUUUGAUUACACUAGAGCGCAAACGUCGUGAGCUUGACAUUAUGAGCACACCGUCCAAGUCUCGAUGCUCCGCACCAACGGUAAAGCAAGCAUUUGACACCUACUGCACGCUUUGCCGGAAUGAUAACAUUCUGCACCCCCUGACUUCCACCGAAUUCAAAGAUGUCUUGAGCAACCUCGAGACUAUGGGCCUCGUAGGCGAAUACCAAGGCCGUGGCCGGGGUGGAACUGUCGCUGGCGGCUCUGACACCCGACGCACACCCUCCAAGUCGGGGAGUGUCUAUUCAACUCCCCAGAAGGGCAUGGAUGAGCAGGGCUUGCUUUGCUUCGUUUCCCAGUCAGAAAUCGAGGGCCAGAUUGCUGGUCCUGGCGAAGGCAUCCUCAGACGGCUGCUUCGUGGUGAAGGUCUCUGAAACUGGUUUAGACCUUGACCGUUCUCUCAUUUUGCAUCAUCGGAGUUCUUUUCAAGGCGCAUUUUUAGCAUGUACACCACUGUCGUUCGCAUUUCUGGAGUCAACCCUACAUCCAUCAUGUUUAGCGUCAUUUUUAUGAGUUUCAUUUGUUCGUCAUGAACUUUUCUUUUGUGCAAUACGCAAACACUAGUGUCACAAGUGACUCGAGUCCUCAAGACGUUUAGAAUAAUUGAACAAACGUUUCGAAUCAAAAUUUGAUAUCAUCAUGUAAGGAGUUCAAUAUCAUGAAACCAUUGGAUAGCUACGAGUACCAUUGGAGUCAACAAAAUUGCAUUGAGAGAUAUGGUGGAACCGGACUUCUUCAUCUGCACUAGGUGCUCUCUUUUUCAUUCCUCAUCCUUGGUCACAAUUUUUAAUGCUAUGUCGCAUUCAUCAGGCAGCCUCUCACGCAUCAAGACUCUUCGGCUUGAUAGGCCGCACCAGAUCAACAUAAUCAAACUUAGCCGCAGUAUUCUUGAACAAAACAUUUCCAGGAUGGGCCUCUUUGUUCUCCCCACGGAACAAGAACGUCGCCGGGAACCCAAGGUCAAACUCAUAAGCGCUCUCAAUCUCUUUAAUAUCCUCCUCGGUCAACUCCAACCCCAACGCCUCAAUAUUACCCAGCAAAUGCUCGACCUUACGGCCGCCAACAAUCGGGAAAACAUGAGGCGCUUUGCUGAAGACAUAUGCCAAUGCAAUACUAGUAAUGGCCGUGUUAUGUCGGUUUGCGACACUCUCUAACACCUUUGAGACCGCAACAUCGACCUCUCGCGGCUCGACUUGUCGGCCUGGGUUGCCGUUCUUCGCAAGCUCUUCGCGAUGUGCGGCUGUUUUGAACGCGCCUCCGCCGAUGGAACCCCAGGGGCAGAGACCCAUGCCUUCGGCGGCGCACAUGGGAAUGA